GCGUUUAUAUCUUUUUUUAUUUUUUGUUCGUCUAUUAUUUGCAAAAAAAAAAUAAUAAUAAUGAUAUUCCUGUGUCCGUGUGUUCGGUGGUAGAUCGAUUUUUUGGUCAGAAAAUAAAUCCACACGUCGAUGCAAAAUUUGCAUUUGAUGUGUUCGGUUUCGAUCCGAUGUCCUUACCAAUUGCAAUACGAUCAUUUUCAUUUACGUGUGUCAUCUAAAUUUUUCACACAAUGGAUUUUCCUGUUCAUAAAGGUAAAUAAUUUGUAUAAUAAUUUUUAGGUUGAAUUUUAUUUUCUUAAAUUAUUAUAAUACAUUUCAAUCAAAUUCUGUAUUUUUGUCCCCAAACAUUGAUUAUAUCUAAUGUUUAUAUUACAAUUAGUCAGGGAAUAUCUAUGUAAGAUUAAGCAAAUGUAGGUUAACUAUUUUCCAUUAUCGAGUUUCAAUAUCGAGUGCCAUUAAUUUUAAAUGUUUUAACAAUAAUUUAUUUAUUGAACUUUAUACAGAUUGAAAAUUAUUCAUUUUUAAAAUCUAAGAUUUUUAUUAGAGGUACCUAAGUGGGUAUACCAAUAACACAAUUUACCUUAAAUACAUUCAAAUCUUUUCACAUAACUUAUUUUUUAUGAACAAUUAUUCCAAAUAAGAAUAGAGAAAGUUAAAAUGUAACAUAAUACUUUUAUAAAUAAAUAGAUAUAAUUAUUAGAUACCUUUACUAUACUUUAUCACAUAGUUUAGUCCUGUUAAAAGUUUAAUGUAGUUUUAUGUUUGUGCAUUUGUACGCAGUAAUGUUAUUUGGCCUGUGCGCAGAUCUCUUGUUCAGUGUAUGUUGUACGCAGAGAAUCACUGCCCUCUGAACGAAAUAUUUUGAAGAGAGGCAGUGUGUGAUUAUGAUCAAUUUGAAUUUUGACCCUAGUACCCAUGUAAAGUUACCAAUUAAAAGUAGUUAUUUUGUAAAAUUUAAAUCAGUAUUUUCAAAAUAAUUUGAGCUAAGUAGUACCUACCUAUAACAUUUAACCGUUUUGUAACUUAUUGUAUUGUACAUUUUUUUUUUUUUUUAAUAAUUUAUCCUAGAUCAUGUGAAUUUUGUAUGGAUGAAUGGAAACAAUGUUUAUAUUCCCCAUUCUCAAACUGAACACACUGCAACUGUAGAUCCAGCCUUCUAUGACAACUCCAUGUCACAUGCGGAAACUGUUCAACCUAGAAUGGUUAGUAUAAAUAUUUUAUUGAUUGAUGCUUUAAUAUAUAAUUUAAAGUAUAGACCAAAAAUAAAUUUAAAUGUUUGGGAUUUGUUAUUAGUGAUAUAGGUAAGUAGUUUAAGUAUAGAUUUGGAACAGGUCAGUCGGAGGUCAUAUAGUAUUGGUUAGUAUGACCCUUACCAAUCUACUUAAAGAUAUACUUAUUGACAUUUAAACUAGGGUGAAUUAAAUAUUAUAAUAUAAUCCAUUUAUAUUAAACUUAUACAAUUUUUUUUUUUAGAAAAUGAACAAUUACAUGUUAUACGGCCAAAAAAAAGAAGUGGAUAAUUCAAAUGAACUAUGGGAAUUUAAAAACGAAACAGAAAAUAUUCAGAAAAAUCAGAUAGGUUCUCAAGACAAAAAAUUACAAUAUGUCUCUACUGGUUCACGUAAAAUUAAACCUAUUCAAAAUCCUGCAUUAAAGCUAAAAACUCCAAUCGCAUACCAAAAAGAUUCUGAUCCUAAUAUGUUACCUAUUGAAAAAGAAGGACGUGGUAAACUAUUAAUUAUUGAUAUUUUUUAUUUCACAAUAAGUUUAUAAACUAUUGAGAUACAAUAUAAAUAUUAAUCUUAAUAUUAAAAUAUUUCAACUUUCAUAAAAUAAUUGGUUUUUAUUUUUAAAUCUAUUUAAACCAUUGUAAGGUUAGGCAUUGUAUUUGUUAAGGACUAGCAUUUUGCCAUUAAGAUUAUAUCUGAUUUCCAUUUUGCAUCAUACAACAAUUAUUUUGCCUCAGUGGCGCAAAAUUGACUGUUCGUUUGGCCCAGCCAUCAACUGAUAUUCACAUUUUUGAAAUUUGUUUUUGUUUUGAGAUGACAUUUAUUUUUGUUACGUUUUUUUUGCUUUUGGAUUAUUAUUUUUUAGUGCUUUUACUAAUUCAAAAACUUAUUACCUGCUCAUCUGUGAACUUGAUUACUUCAAAAUUAGUCCCAAAUGGGGCAGUGACAAUACAUAUAUUUUUUGUUUAUUUUGUCUCCAGUAGCUUUUUCCAUUAUAGUUUUCAAAUUAUUCUUAAGUUUAUAUGUUAUGUUUUUUUUUAUAUAUAAAACAAUUUUUUUAUAGCUGUUUGUAAGAAUUGUGGUGCAAUUGGUGUUAAGCAUUCGUUUUACACAAAAUCAAGAAAUUACUGUAGUCAAGCUUGCGUUAAAACAGCUAUGGAUAAAUCUGAAGUUAUGAAUAAAUCAGAGGUUACACUUGAAGACUCAAGCAUUACUAUUAACAAUAAAACAGACAUGUCAUCUACUUCUGUGAAUAAUGAACAGCAACAAUUAUUUACUGAAAUGGUAUGUUUCUUAAAAUUUGAUAUUUUUAGUUUCUAACAAAUACUUAAUGUAUCUUUUAGAGCUGAUUUUCGUAAGAAAAAAUUUGUGUAUUUGUUAUUCUUGUCUUAUGCUUACAAAAAGUUUGUCAUAUUAAAAUUGUUGUUUUGUGUACUUUUAGAAGUGUGAGUCUUAUUUUAAGAUGUAAUGUAAGAUCAUUUCACCAUCUUUAGAUGAGUAACUAGUAAGCAUAUUAUUAUAUAAAAGAUAUUGUAAAUGUGUUGCAAUAUUUUUUUGGGGUGAAUUGUGAAGUUUAUGUAUUCAAACUAUGAUAAAAUCAUAAAUAAUCUUGAUAACAUAUUAACAUAUUUUUUUUCAGUCUUUAAGAUAGUAAAAAUUGUUUUCUCAAAAAAUAUGAUAUCAGACUAUUAUAGUUUAAUUUUUAAUGAAGAUUUAAAUUAUAAUUGGUAUCUUAUAAAAAGAAAUUUUUUUUUUAUGAUAAUAUGAGGUGUGUAAGACAAAGACAACAAUUUUGUAUUAUAAAGUUAAUCAAUUUUGUGUACGCAUACUACUGUAGUUAAACUGCACAAAUACCAUGUGUUACUGAUAAUUGAUGUAGGGAAAUAUAAAUAUAUAUUUUCUCGAGUUUUUAAAAUUAAUUAUAAUUUGAAAAGCAUUUUUUUUAUUGUAGCCUAAAUCUCAUGUGGAUUAUAUUGAUCCAACUAUAAAAGAAGAACCGCUUGAACCCCAUAUUGUGGAACAUGAAUCUGAAUCUGAUGAAUCAGUUUCAUUUAAUAUAUAUCCGAUCGAUGAAGAUGCUUUAUUUCCUCCAGAUAGAAAACCUUGUCGUCCAGUUCCUCAAACUUAUGAUUGGGCAGACGAUUUGGAUCACAAAAAGGACGAAUUUGCUUCGGUUCAAUGUUUCCAUUAUGUAUGUUUUGUUAAUAAUAUUAAAAAAAAAAAAUGUUUAGGAGUAGUUGUGAAAACGAUUUAAUUUUGAUAAAUAGGCGCCUAUGUCUGAUUGUUGGGAUGAUAUUGCUGUUAAAGUUAAAGUUGAAGUAGUAAAUACAGAUUGUGACAAUUUUAAUGAAGAAAAUCCUGACUACUAUUGGGUUGCUUCGAUAAUAAGAAUUGCAGGUUUGUUUUUUUUUUUUUUUUAAAUAUGAGAAGUAUUUUUAUUAAAAUUGUUAUAAAUUAAAAUUUUUAUUAGGAUAUAAAGCAAAAUUACGCUAUGAAGGAUAUGGAUCAGACGCAAAAAAAGAUUUUUGGGUAAAUCUUUGUUCUAAUGUUAUACAUCCAGUUGGAUGGUGUGCAACACGAGGUAAACCGUUAAUACCUCCAAAAUGUAAGUAUUAAAUGAAACAAUAUUUACAAUGUACAGUGAGUUUUAAUAAACUUGAUUUUGGUUAGCUAUUCAAUCAAAACAUCGUGAUUGGAAAGAGUAUCUAGUCAAGCGUCUAACAGGGGCUAGAACAUUACCUACAAAUUUUCGCUUAAAAAUAUUUGAAUCAUUGAAGUCAAAAUUUCGGUAAGAUUUCAGUAAAUUGAAUCACAAUUUUUAUCGAACAUAAGUUUGUAAAAAUAAUUUACUUUGUGAUUUUUUCAGAAUUGAUUUGACAUUGGAAUUGGUCGAUAAAGAAUACAUCUCAAAAGUCAAGGUAGCAAAAAUUCUUAAUAUAAUUGGAAAACGAUUAGAAUUAAGGUAUUAUGAUAAUGAAGAACAAGGUAAGACAAUUUUUUUAAUCAAUAAUGUAGUUUUAAAGAAUGAUCCAUUUAUAAUCAAAUUUUAAGAAUGUAUAAAUAUAUUUUUUGAUUUUGUAUCCAGUGUUUUGGGUACAUGAAGACUCUCCAUUAAUUCAUCCAGUAGGUUGGGCUGGACGAGUAGGUCAUAACUUAUGUGCUCCUGAUGAAUAUCGUGAUAGAACAUCUAAAGGAUUACGCGAUAAAGAUGAUGCUACUGAAGAUCUUUUUCCAAUGUUAAUUCCGUUUAAAUUUGGAUUUCAAGUUGGAAUGAAGUUAGAAGCAAUUGAUCCACUAAAUCUUGCAUCAAUAUGCGUUGCAACUAUUAUGAAAGUAAUAAUAAUGGCGUUUUUAUUAACAGAAAAACAUCAUAAAUACCAUUUUUUUUUAUAUUUUAGGUAUUGAAUGAUGGAUAUUUAAUGAUCUCUAUUGACUUUUAUAACAGUACGCCAAAAGAUUGGUUUUGUUAUCAUUGUACAUCAGCUAGUAUUAUGCCAGCAGGGUUCUGCAAAGCACAUGAUAUAAAUUUAAAACCUCCUCAAAAUUACACUAUUCCUUUUGUUUGGAAAGAUUAUUUAGAAAAUUCUGGUAAUAUAGCAGCUCCAAAUCACCUUUUUAGUACGGUAUGAUAUUAUUUACACAAUAAUUUAACAAAAGUGUUUCUUGUGAAAUUUUAUUACAUAGAUAGUAUAGCCUUGUACUGGUCCAGUGAAUUAUAUAUUUUAUUAAUACAUUCUUACAAAAAUAUACAUAAUAUAAACUAAUUAAAUUAUUUUUUAUAGGAUGUACUUGAUAAUAAAUUUAGUAGUGGCAUGAAACUUGAGUGUACUGAUUUAAUGAAUCCACAUUUAGUAUGUGUGGCUACUGUAGUACGAACUGCAGGGAGAUUAAUAGAAGUUCAUUUUGAUGGAUGGGAAAAUGACUUUAAUCAAUGGUUAGAUUGCUGCUCAUCUGAUAUAUUUCCUUCUGGUUGGUGUGAAUUGGUUGGGUAUAAAUUAGAAGGGCCUAAAACUCAACUAGAUCAACUUCAGGGUAAAUUUUUUGGUAAAAUUUGUUGAAAUCAUUGUAUUGGAAUAGUAUUAAAUUAAUUUUUUUUUUUUAGAACGCCAUAAAGCUAGUAAACAAAAAAAUAAAAAAUCUAGAAAACGUAUACCGAGCAAAAAAUCUUCUGGGCCAUCUGUACCACCUGCAGCAGUGCAAACAAAAGCUCCUACUUCUUGUUACACUUCAGUGGAUGUAAUAAUAUAAAAAUUAACUGAAGAAAACCGUGUUUAAUAUUCUAUUUUUAUCAUGAUUUUGUUUAGGUUGGUCAAACAUGGGCCUCUAAUAAUAAAUUAACCUCCAAUUGUGAGCGAAGUCCAGUAUCAGCAACAGAGCCUUUAGGCCCAGAUCAAUCUCUACCGGUUCCUUCUGUAAAUAUGACAUCAGUUUUUAUGUUAGGUUAAAGUCGCCACCUAUGGCCAUUUAAGAACUUUUUUCUAUUAAUAUUUGAUUUAAUAUAUCUACAGUUCGAGAAAAUUCAAAACUAAACAAUAAAUACAUUAGAAGUUUAUGUCAAUAUUUAAUUGCAUUUUCCUUUUAUAUAGUCAUUGUACUCUUUAUUUUUUUUAUAAUAAUUGAUAUCACACAGUAAUUCAAUUAUAUACAUAAAUAUAACAGUAAAGGCGGUACUCCACAAAACACUGUGUUCUGUUUAGUUUUUAUAAACUGUAUAAUUUCCAACAAUAUGAUUGGAUAAGAUAUAUCGUGGCCAUAAUUUGGGUACCACGAUAGUUCACGUUAUUGUUUGUUAUCAUAAAGCUUAAAUUUUCAACUUCACUGUGUGGUUAUUUUUGGUACUAUAAUAUCAAAUGUAUUGUACAAAAUAUCCACAUAAGUUAUUUUUAUAAUAAUUAUUAUUUACAUAAUAAACAUAUGUAUGCCAUUAUUAUUUUAUAAAAUUGUAAUAAUUGCUACUAUAAUAUUUAAAUUUUACAUACUAAAUUUAUUUAAAUAUAUUUAUGUAGUAAAUUUAUUUUACGAUUAUGGUUAUGGUUUUAAGAAGUUUUUCAUUUCCAUUACAUAAUUUGUUAAAAAAAAUUUGAAUGUACAAGUUUUUAUAAUACUUAUAUGUUUUUAGAAAGAAAAAUACAACAAAUGUAUUCCAAUUAUAAUUAAAAAUUACAAUUUUGAAAUAGUUUUUUCCCACUAAUGGUCUAAUUUACUAAGGAUUUAUUAUAUUGUUGUAACUAAGUAAAAUUUGAACCGAACAUGAUACAUACGGAACUUGUUAGUGGAAUAUUGUCUGAUACAAUUAAAAUUUACUCUAUUAAGAAAUAAAAUAAAAGUGAGUGGUCAAAGACGGGAUACUGGUCAUAGGUGGUGCUUAUCUUACCUUACUUAACUAUACUAAUUAAUUAUAAUAGUAUUCAAUUAGAUAAAAUUACCUAAGAAUUAAUGUGUACUAGAAUACUUUUAUGUUCUUAUAAUUUAUAUUAUAUGAAUGGUUAUGAUGACCAAUUGAAAGGAAAAUAAAAACAAAAUGUAUUUUACUAACUGCAUAUGCAAAAAAUAGACAGUUCAAAUUUUGUAUUAACCUAAAAACCGAAUGAACUAAUUGUUUACUAUCAUCUAUUCAUAUUUGAUUUAAAUGUUUUGAAAAAUAAAAACAGCAAUACCAUGAAUAAUUAAUUUGAGAAAAUAUUUAUACGAAAAUAGCACAUGUUUGAGAAGGGAAAAAUUAGUUUUUAAAUUAAAUAGAUAAUAAUACUUGUUUAUAUAAUUUUCAAAGUUUAGACUUAUGUAAAUAAAUAUUAGUAAUCAUACAUAAUAUGGUUUCUAGAUUAUUCAGUUAUUUGUUAUUUUUUUAAUGGAAAUUUUAUUAUUGGUAUUAAAUAUUUUUGUUAAUUAUGUGGACCGAAAUAUAUUUAUAUCUAAUGGAAUUAUUUUUGGAAUAGCUUAAAUAAAAACCUUUUAAUAUUGGAAAAUUAUAUUUAUUUUAUAUAUUUUUAUAUUUUCAGAAUGCACAAAGUAUUAAAAACUUACAAGAGUCAAAUCAACCAUUUUUGGAGCAAGAUCCGAAUACAUGGAAUGAAAAAGACGUGUCAGAGUUUUUACUUAUAAAUCAAUGUGCUACAUACCGUAGUGUUUUUUUAAGUCAAGUAAAUCAUUUUUAUAUUUAUAAUGAUGUCUGGUUGUAUUUUGUAUUGAUCUAAUUAAUAAACAUUUUUCUUUUAGAACAUAGAUGGCAAAAAACUGCUGAAUCUCACCAAAGAAGAAAUUAUUCAUAUGACUGGUAAUAAAGUUGGGCCUUCUUUAAAAAUAUACGAUCUUAUACAACAGUUAAAAAACAAAAUUAAAAGAAAAAAAUAUCUCUAAACUUAUCUUAUAUCAUUUACUUAUGUACUUAUUUAUUAGUAGGUAGAGCUCAGAACAUUUACAUAAUAUUCUCUUAGGCAAAUCAGCGAAUCAUAGAGCUUUCUCAAUAAGAAAAAUUUAAUUCAUAUAAACUUAUGUCAAAAUUAAUUUUGCAUAUUUACUAUUCGUGGGCAUAUUUUAUCUUAGGUAAACACAUAUUGUAGAAAAAAAGCCAAAGAAUUAUUAUAAAGCUAUCUAAAAAAAAAAAAAAAAAACCUGUCCAAAUAUGAAUAUCACGUUUCCUUUUUUCACAGAUUUUUUUUUGAUAAUAUUAUUUUGUAUAUUUUAUUAUAUUUUUAGUUUUACUUAUAGUACUUUUUUGGGGAUAUUUAAGAGCAUACCUAAAGCUUUAGAAAUUAACUUUUUUAAUGCUGCAACUAGAGCUCAGAGCUCUUUGUAUUAAAUAAUAUACAAUUAUAGGCUCGCAAUUAUAAAUUAAGCUAUUACGGGAAUGAUAAUUUAUCCCAUUAAUGGGACACCAUCAUCUAGUAAUGAUUUUAGGUCAAAUUAAUUAAUAUUUUUAUUUAGUAACGCAACCAGGAUUAAUUUUUCUUGGUGCGGGUUAUGAAUUCCCAACAAGUUUCUGAGUUAAUAAAUUACUAAAUAAGUGUCAUUAUAAGUAUUUAAAAUUACAAUAAAAUUUGCAAUAAAAAUUAUAUAACUAGGUUAUUUACAUAGAAUUCUUAAAAAAACCUCUUAUUUUGAGGGGGAUGGAGGAUUAUAACCUCCAAUUAAUCCCCUCUCCCUGGCUGUGCUACUAUGUUAAUAAUUAAAAACUUAAACAAUACCUAAAUGCGUUACUUAGGUAGUUUGGAUAAUUGUACAAUAUAGAAACCAGACUAAUAAAUGGAAUCAUUAUUGCUCAAAUAGCAUUUUUAGAAUCUGUUAAAAAUGAAAUUAUUAUUUUUUAGAAAAAUGAAAUACCCUUGUUACGAAUAAUUAAAUUAAAAUUCUAUUCGAUUGUUGAUCAUUUUUCAAGAGUUAUAAAAACACUAACAAUAGUAUAUUUUUAAAACUAGCUAUAGUUACUGGCACAUUUAUAAUUAUUCAAAUGACAAAGAACUUUUAAUUCAUAGAUUUUAAAGUUAUUUAUUGUAAGUACCUAUGUUAUAGGAUUAUUAAUUAGUUAUAAUACUUUAUUUUAUAUAUUAAGCGUAUUGUUACUCUAGAAAAAUUGCUUUACUAACCGCGUUUCAUAUAUUUAUUAUACAUUUAAUAGAUAACUUGUUUUAAUGAAUUAAUUGUACUUAUUGCCGUAUUAUUGUAUUCCUUUUUUUUUUUUUUUUUUUUAGUUAGUAUUUAUGUACUUUUUUUUCUGUUAAUCUCAUGUAUUAGGUAACUAUUUCAAUUACAUGUAAUAAUUAUACAUAAUAAAUUGGUAAAUAAUGGCAAUCAAGGUGGGAAGGGUACAGGUUAAGUAGACCCUUCCCACAUCAUCACUUUGGCCUUUUUCUUUUACACGUACAUAUUGUUAAUAGGUACUCGUUCUAUAAGAAUGCCCAUUAGAUAUUUUUAUUGUAAUGAUUAUCUUAUUAAUAAUAUUAUUAUAAUGAAUUAAGCAAUAACACGUACCCAAAAAUCACCUUUUAUAAUCAAAUAUACAGUAUGCAAUAUAAAUACAUAGAUACCUACUUAAUAUGUUGAUUUUAAACUACUUGUACGAUGUGCUCUUAUGAUUUUUUUCGGCAUUAUAUUUUUGCAGUAUGAAGAGCUUUAAAAUGUCGGUGCUGCGAGUUUAGGUAAUCGAAAAUGAAAACAACUAGAACAAUAAAUUGUAUCGUUUUGAUAGUGGUGGAUACGCGUUUAUAUCCAAUAACUGUUGUCGCCAAAAAAGCUCUGAGCGCGUGUAUAGGGGAAAAUAUGUCGAAAUUGUUUUCGACGGAGUUAACAAAACAAACAAUUGAUCGUGUUCACGCUCAGACUAAAAAUCGUGAAAACAGCGUGAAGAUAAACAAAUACUAGAUUUCAAUAGAAACAGUUACGCGGCGAGUAUUUACAUAUAUAAGACGCUUUUUUUUUUUUUUUAUUCAUGAAAUUUCGUCGAGAUCCCGAACACCGGACAGUUAUAACGGACAAUUUUCAAUUGCCUGAAAACCCCAUAGAUAUCGUGUAGGUUAAAAAAAAAAAAUCGCGUCGGAAACGGCUCGACGUCGUUAUCGAUUGCCGGACGAAAACCCGUUGUCGAUUCCGCGAAAAGCAACUGGGGCAAUUGGGUACGUUUGUGUUUCUCGAAUUCCUCGGUUUUUACGAGAUCGCUAUUGUUUUUUUACUUAUUUCCCGCUCCGGGCUCGCCUUUCGUCGGGACACUAAUUGAUUUCGCCGGAAUUCCGAUAAGUCCCGGAACAGAGUUUUUUCGUUGCGGCCCGACCGUAAUUAUUAUUAUUAUUAUAAUAAUAAUAAUAAUAUUAUCGAAAAG